AUGGGUUUUCAUAUGGACGAAGUGAACAUCCUAUUACAGAUGUUGAAGAAAACGAUUUCCCGGUAUAUACGGAAAUUUCGUAUGCUAGGUCAUGUAGACACGGCUGUUAUCGGCAGACCAUAUGCUUGCAUAGCAAUGCACCCGCACGAGGAGCUUGUUAUCAUGGAAGUUCUACUGCAGCACAUAAUAUUCUAUGAAUUGUCUUACGACGAGGCUCUUAACAUCGCUGGUAUUUCUACUCUUGAAAACAGACGGGAGUAUCUAUCCAAUAAUCUCUUCAACGACAUUGUUUUAAAUGAUGAUCAUAAACUUGCCAAACUUUUACCAUCCAAAGCAGGCAAUAGAGAAUUACGAAAAGAAAUAUCUUUUGAAGUUUUACCAGCAAGUACAAAUCGUUUCGGAAACUCUUUUAUCAACUUUUAUGCUAAGAAACAUUACAAAUCAGAUGUUCCUUGA